AUUCUUGAGAGAGCACUCAAGAGUCCUAAAUCGAGCACUCCAAGAGUCCUAAAUCCGAGCAUUCGUCAAUAGAUUUCAGGUUUUUAAGAAAAGCAUUUUAAAGCCAACACGACGAUCAAGUCAUUUAGUGGAGCGAGUAGAAAUUUUGCAGCCUGGCCGAAGGGAAUAAACAAAACACGAGGCAUUUUUUCGGUAAAGAAGUCAUCGAGGCAUUUUUUCGAACCACCGGGAAGGGAGGAUAAUGGAGGAUGCGGCAGAGAUAGGUGAAGCAGGUGCAGAGGAAGGAGAAAUCGUGGAAGGAGGAGAGAAUAUUGAAAGGUCGCUGGAGGCAGCGGACUCUAACACACAUCCACUCGAGCAUUCAUGGACAUUCUGGUUCGAUAAUCCAAAUGGCAAGUCAAAGCAGGCUGCGUGGGGUUCUUCCUUACGCUCUGUUUACACGUUCAGCACUGUCGAGGAUUUCUGGCGCCUCUAUAACAAUAUAGUUCAGCCAACUAAGUUGAUGGCUGGUUCAGAUUUUCAUUGUUUCAAAGAUGGAAUUGAGCCGAAGUGGGAGGAUCCUAAAUGUGCAAAUGGAGGAAAGUGGACAGUUAACAACAGUAAAGGAAAGCAAGCACUUGAUACUCUGUGGCUCAACACUUUGUUGGCAAUGAUUGGUGAACAGUUUGAUGAAGGUGAUGAAAUUUGUGGGGCAGUUGUGAAUGUGCGUAAUAAACAAGACAAGAUAGCACUCUGGACUAAGAAUGCUGCAAAUGAGUCCGCCCAGAUGAGCAUUGGGAAGCAAUUGAAAGAGUUCCUUGAUUACAAUGAAAAAAUGGGAUAUAUGUUCCAUGAUGAUGCCAAGAAGGACAGAGCGGCCAAAAAUAGAUAUAAUAUAUUAUAGGACAUUGUCAUUGGGUAGCAUGGAUAUACUUAAAAUUUACAGGUUACAAGCAGCAUUUUAAUGCAUGUAUCAUGUUUUGAAAGGCCAUAUAUUAUAUCUUAAUAAACAGGGUUUCAUGUUCAAUUUUGUCCUUAUUAAGUAAAUUACCCACAUUAUUAAACAUAGUUUCAUGAGUUGGUUUUGUGCCGCCUCAACAAAUUGUAAGCAAAAUAAAUGGAUUAUGAACAUUAUGAGACUUAUGUUUCUUUUUAACAUGUACACACUUAAAAGAGACUUGAAGCUAGUUUAUUUUGAAUGUGAACUAUUGCUUUUGGAAAA